AACAAGCAAAUUAAUUCAUAAACAACAAACUCAGCUAUCUUCCAGUCACCGAAGACUCAAAUUAGUCUCGGAUUUUAUUUUCUUCUUCUUUUCUUAAUUCUGUUUUUGGGUUCCAGAGUUUUCGGAAUUCCGACUUCUGGGUUCGACUUUCUGUGUUUUUUUUCUUUUUCAGCUCUCUCUCUUACUGUCGAGUGGUAAAGCGACACGAAUCAUUACUCGUUUCUCCUUUUCCUAAGGAAGCAUUGAAAUAGUAGUGUACAGAACAGCGUCGUUUUAGAAGCCGCAUUGUUUUGGUGGGUUUGAAUUUGUGAGGAAUUUGGGGGAAGAUGACUGUGGAAAGGAUUCUAUCUGCGAUGGCGUCCACUCAAGUGGGCGGGGAAUCGUUGGCCGAUUCAAUCAAGAUUGCGGUUUCACCAAUUGCUAAAGUCCUCACAGUAUGCUUCUUGGGAUUUCUUAUGGCAUCCAAGUAUGUCAACAUUUUGCCUGCCAAUGGGAGGAAGCUGUUAAAUGGGUUGGUGUUUUCACUUCUGCUUCCCUGUUUGAUAUUUUCUCAACUUGGACAAGCCAUCACUCUUGAGAAAAUGAAGGAGUGGUGGUUUAUACCCGCGAAUGUUGUUCUGGGUUCCAUAUCAGGUUCAAUAAUAGGUUUCAUUGUAGCCAGCCUUGUUCGGCCACCAUACCCCUUCUUUAAGUUUACAAUUGUGCAAAUUGGAAUUGGGAACAUCGGAAAUGUACCGCUUGUUUUAAUUGCAGCUUUAUGUAGAGACAAAAACAACCCUUUUGGUGACACAUGUAGCAUAGACGGAACUGCAUAUAUUUCAUUUGGACAGUGGGUUGGUGCAAUCAUCCUAUAUACAUAUGUAUUUCAAAUGUUGGAACCGCCUCCUGAAGGAUCCUUUGACUUGGACGAUGGAUAUCUUCCUAUAAAAUCCCAGUCAACUGAUGGUAGUCCCCCUGAGGAAGUUCCACUGCUUACACAUGAGGAGGCUGUACAGACUAAUUCAUAUGCAUCUGAAAAAAACAAGAUCAUAGAUUUCCUUAAUUUCUUAUAUGAUAAGUUGAAACUCAAACAAAUCCUUCAACCUCCCAUUAUAGCUUCUAUUCUAGCCAUGAUUCUUGGGGCAGUGCCAUUUUUGAAGAACUUAAUCUUUACAGAUGGUGCUCCAUUAUUUUUCUUCACUGAUAGCUGUAUAAUUCUCGGGGAGGCAAUGAUUCCGUGCAUUCUUCUGGCAUUAGGUGGCAACCUUGUAGAGGGACCAGGAAGUUCAAAACUUGGUGCACGAACAACCGUUGCUAUUGUCAUUGCACGGUUAGUUUUUGUGCCUCCUGCAGGAAUUGGCAUCGUAAUGUUGGCAGAUAAGCUUGGCUUCCUUCCCGCUGGAGAUAAGAUGUUCCGAUUUGUCUUACUCCUCCAACAUUCAAUGCCAACAUCUGUCCUGUCUGGUGCUGUGGCUAAUUUAAGAGGUUGUGGAAGGGAGUCAGCUGCAGUGUUGUUCUGGGUUCACAUUUUCGCCAUAUUCUCGAUGGCCGGAUGGAUUACUCUCUUCCUCAACAUUCUCUUAUAAAUUAAAAGGAUCUGCCAAACCUUGACCUCCUUUUGCUACUAGGCUAAUGUCAAAGUAAAAUUUAACUAACUGGAGAAAUUGAAAACAGAAAUUCAUUUUUUUCCAGUGGAAAGCCUAGUUUUCCUGAUUCUUGCCGAUGAAGUCGUCGACCGGAGGUGGGGGAAAGCGCGACAGGAGGGGAAAAUGUGGCAGCCAUGUCUACAGAGGGCCAUGAGAAAAUAGAGAAUUUUUUUUUUUUUUUGUUCCCAUUAUUUCUGAUUGAGUUCUCUAUAUCCCAUUAUUUAUGAUUGUCAUUUGUCAUUUAUUAAUUAAGUCCAUGUUUAAACGUUUAAAAAAAAUAAAUUCAUUUGAAUUGUCUA